GUUUGUACGGGGCUGUGUGUGAGUCAUUCAGUUGAAGCCCUGCUUGCCUACGAGAGUGCCGCUGUGAAGAAAGCCAAAGUGGGCUAUUGAGAAGCACAAGAUGAGGCGAAAAGGAAAGGCUACGAAGAAGGGACCCGCCUUGUUUUGUAUUUUGCCUUGGCACGCUUAUAGACACUGGGUCAGACUGGGUCUGUUGUUUCCACCUAAAGUGUUUUCUGAUGUCCGUGCUGAUUGUAUUUCGGUGUUCUGUUUAGAAGGAUGCCACCAUGUCAUGGAACCCCGGGGUGAACCUUCCAUGAAUGAAUUCAUUGAAGUUCUGGCCAUGUUUUCUUUAUUAGCGUAGAAGAUGCGAUCACUUCCAUUUCUGAACUUGUUUGAUUCAAUUGUGACUUAGUCCUGAUGUCCUUCCACCUUUGAUCUAUGAAAGGGUCCUAGAAUAUCCCUGGAAGAUCAGAAUCUUGACCCUACAACGUCUCAGCCCAUUCGGGUCUUGCUCCGAGUGCUUGUGGCCUUCCUGCCCUGUUUGGCGGGACUAGAGACUGACGCCCACGGCGGGAGACGACGGGACCGAUGUAGCACGAAGACGGGCGACGACGAGAGGCCUGGAAGGUAAAGCCACCGGCGAAAGCAAGUCAUACGAGGAGGAGCCGGGGAGUAUGGGCAGAGGGGAUGAGGCGUUUGACACGUCCAAAGACUUGGCGGCCAAGGUGGAGUGUGCAGAGGCCAUUUUCUCACCACGCUUUGUGUCGGUGAUCGUCGCCUCCUUGACUAAGCUAGGUACCAAGUUUCCGGAGUUUGCACCUCGGGUGGUUCUUUGCCUCCUGAAGAUGCAGCAGCACUAUGCCACGGACUUUAGUGAGGGCAUGGACUUCGUGCGGGAUCGGCUGAGCGAUUCCUUGCAGCUGCUUCGCCAUUCAGCCAUCUCCAGUUCUGUCUACAGCUCCGUCGGGGAGCUCCUGGGCUUCGAGAUGGACCGGUCCCUUUCCUCGCUCUCAGUGCUCUCCUCCUUGGGGCACUUGUCACAUGAUCCCUCGGCCUUCACCUCAGGUGCAGCCUUGCAUGACUUUGAGCUGCCACACCAGCCGCCCAAUGUGGCUGCUGCUCAUGGAGAUGCGUGGAGUGAACGCCCAGCAGGGGCCUGGUGGGAGGCUCAGCGGGCAGCCCCAGCUCCUGCAACCCUGCCAGAAGAGGAAGCAAGGCCAAGCCGCCAUGAGGAGGCUUCCAGAUCCGACGUCAAGGAUCCGGAAGCUCGGAGGUCGUCCAAAGAUCCGGCGCCCUCGUCUGGCUAUCCUGAGAGCCGAAACUGGUCUGGGACCCAGUGGAGCAUAUAGAACGCCGUUGUGUUUGAAACUCGAGGCUGGCGCGUCUAACCACAAAGACAAAGCAACCGAUCCAAUCACUCCCAGAAUCUGCAGAUCUCUCAGCCACCGUACGGUACGUACUGCCUUUGCUGUUGGGUAGGCCGCAAGUGGAGGAAGGUAGGUUAGCUAGGUAGGUAGCUAGUAGGAGCUAGGUAGCUACUAACUACUGGACUCAGGAUAGCUCACGCUUCUUCAAGGAAGCUCCCAGCUUCCUUCAAGAAGCGCUCGCACUAAUGAUUUGGUUCCUAGAUAUUUUAGGGAAACUUAUAUAACAUUAACAACAUUGUGGCCAGCUCUGACAGCAGUCGGGCCUUAGCCAGAUUAAAUCCUUGAGGGCACUUUAUUGAGGCUUUGUUAGACCAGGCAGGUGACUCUGCGCUGGUUUCAGCUCAUUUGCUGGGCCGCUUGCUUUGACAUUCUCAAAAGCUUGGCAAAGAAAGCACUGAAAAGCUGCAGCCAGCCACUGCACAAAUCUCCUUCUCCUUCUCCUUCUCCUCCUCGUGGUGCUUGCAUGUAAUCCCCAGGGCUAUGUAGAUUGGAUUUACUGUUGAACAUUCCAUUGAAGACGCUUCUGUUUGUUAUCCAGCUGCUUGGCUUCUGUCCAUAGGCAAGUCACUCUGGAUUCGUGUGACCGUAUGCCAAAGAAUGUUUGACUCUUGAUGAAUCUUGGUACCACACCACACACCACAUCGGUUUCAUUUGUUUUACUGUCAAGUCCCAGUCUUGUUUUGAUGAGAUCCCAGCUGUCGACAUUCAGCGCAAGUUGCUUUGGGCGCAAGUGGCUUUCCCAGUUCUGGGCGCAAGGCUUCGUUUUGGUGAGACGGACUUGGACGCAACGUCCGCAACGUUCCCUCAGCCCUUUUUGAUCCUUUUUGCACGUGAGACGUCUCAAGAAACCACAUGUUGGAGCAUCCUCAAAACACACGGGACCAUUAAUGAAUUCCAUUUUUGACACAGCUCUCACUCUAGGCUCAUUGGCUGCACAGUCCAUUCGGUGUGCUUGAGAGGUAGUAUCUCGACCCUCUGAGGACAUCGACAGAGGCAUCAGCAUUGGGCCAGAAGGACUUGGCUUCUGUUGGCGGAUCUCAUGCUGCUUCAGGUCACGAAGAGCCGGAAGCAGCUGAGCCGAUCUUAAGUGGA